CCCUGCAGCCGCUGUUCUCUGGCAGAAACCCCGUAGCUCAGCAAAGCAGCGCCAUUCGGUAACUGCAACAGUAUCCAAAAUGGCAGGAGCUGAUGGAGACGACUCUCUCUACCCAAUCGCCGUUCUCAUUGACGAACUGCGAAAUGAGGACGUUCAGCUGCGACUGAACAGCAUUAAGAAGCUGUCCACAAUUGCUCUGGCCCUUGGAGUUGAAAGGACUCGCACCGAACUCCUUCCCUUCCUCACAGACACCAUCUAUGAUGAAGAUGAAGUUCUCCUGGCCUUGGCGGAGCAGCUUGGCAAUUUCACUAUGUUGGUGGGAGGGCCGGAGUAUGUCCACUGCCUCCUGCCUCCUCUGGAGAGUCUAGCUACAGUGGAAGAAACGGUAGUCAGAGACAAAGCUGUGGAGUCUCUGCGGAAGAUUUCUCAGGAGCACUCUCCAGUUGACCUGGAGGUCCAUUUUGAGCCCUUGGUCAAGCGUCUGGCCAGUGGUGACUGGUUCACUUCUCGCACAUCUGCGUGUGGCCUCUUCAGUGUGUGUUAUCCUCGUGUCUCCAGCACUGUCAAGGCUGAGAUCCGUCAGCAUUUCCGCACCUUGUGUUCAGAUGAUACUCCUAUGGUGCGCCGUGCUGCAGCGUCUAAACUUGGGGAAUUUGCCAAAGUUCUGGAGCUGGAUUAUAUUAAAAGUGACAUUAUUUCCCUCUUCACUGCUCUGGCCUCUGACGAGCAGGACUCAGUGCGGCUGCUUGCAGUGGAGGCUUGUGUCAGCAUUGCCACCCUGCUGCCUCAGGAGGACCUGGAGACUUUAGUGAUGCCAACCCUGCGCCAGGCUGCAGAGGACAAGUCCUGGAGGGUUCGCUACAUGGUGGCUGACAAGUUCUCUGAACUCCAGAAGGCAGUUGGUCCGGAGAUCACCAAGAACGAUCUGGUCCCAGCCUUCCAGAAUCUACUCAAGGACUGUGAAGCUGAGGUCCGUGCGGCCGCAGCCAACAAAGUCAAAGAAUUCUGCGAAAACCUCCCAGAGGACAAUCGUGAGCAAAUCAUCAUGACUCACAUUCUGCCCUGUGUCAAGGAACUCGUUUCAGACACCAACCAGCAUGUGAAAUCUGCCCUGGCUUCAGUCAUCAUGGGCCUUUCGACCAUCCUGGGCAAGGACAACACAAUAGAGCACUUACUGCCUCUCUUCCUGGCUCAGCUUAAGGACGAGUGCCCCGAGGUGCGUCUCAACAUCAUCUCCAAUCUAGACUGUGUGAACGAAGUGAUUGGCAUCCGUCAGCUCUCCCAGUCCCUGCUACCGGCCAUAGUGGAGUUGGCAGAGGACGCAAAGUGGAGGGUCCGCCUAGCCAUCAUAGAGUACAUGCCCCUGUUGGCAGGGCAGCUGGGAGUGGAAUUCUUUGAUGAGAAGCUCAACACCCUGUGUAUGGCCUGGCUCAUCGACCACGUGUAUGCCAUUCGCGAGGCGGCCACCUGCAAUCUGAUGAAGCUGGUGGAGAAGUUUGGAGCCGAGUGGGCUCAGAACACCAUCGUGCCCAAAGUGCUGGGCAUGGCGAACGACCCCAACUACCUUCACAGGAUGACCACUCUGUUCUGCAUCAAUGCUCUGUCAGAGGCCUGUGGCCAGGACAUCACCACCAAGCAGAUGCUCCCAGUGGUGCUCAAGAUGUCCAACGACCAGGUGGCCAACGUGCGCUUCAACGUAGCCAAGUCCCUUCAGAAGAUCGGCCCUGUUCUCGACAGCAAUGCCCUUCAGGCGGAGGUGAAGCCGGUGCUGGAGAAACUGGCCACAGACACAGACAUGGAUGUCAAGUACUUUGCCCAGGAGGCGAUCAGUGUUCUGGCCCUUGCAUAACCGACCCAACAUGGCUGAAGCAGACAACCACCCAAAACAACAACGCAUUCACUUUUACCAGAUAUUUAUUGAUGUUCAGGAACACCUGAUAAAUGUAUAGAGAAAGCUGUUAACAAUUGUUUUAUCCUUUUUCUUUUCUUUUUACUGUCCGAUGGUAGUCCACGUCCGGCAGAGCACAGGCUUAUUCAUUAACUCUCUUUGCUGUAAAUGGCUGCUUCAACAAAGGCAGAGUACGAUGACAUUGAGUUGAGUGGUGCAUGCUGACCAAUGUACUACUGUACUAGCUAGGAUUCGCUAACCAGAAGCCCUCUCACAUUCCUUCCUUUUACACCCUGGGCCACUGUUGUCCUUUAGGCCACAGUCACUGCAGCGUAUCACAUGUCCAUGUUUGCCAGCUAGCGACUAGGGCCGUGUUCGCUCUCCAUGCUGCUGCACCUUCCCCCCCAGUGCUAGACGCAAACUUUGAAAAGCAGAUGGAGCAGCAAGCUGUUUGUUUUCACUGAGCUUCCUCCCGAAUCCGCCCUUUGAUAGCUCAUCUUCCCAGAGACACUGGUGUGGCUGAACGCUCCCCGCAGGUCGUCUCCACCAGACUAAAACCUCUCGUCCUCUAAACACCACACACUCAAUGAUCAAUCUGCCGUUUGUUCUCUUCACACAUUGAGUCGGUCAAACAACUCACUUCACUCGGCCCGGUGUAAAAGGAACCAGCUCAGUCGUUAAGCGUUGCUCCUAAUUUUCCAAAUUCUCAGUGAUUUCGUUGAUGUGCAUGGGUGGAAAGUUGUAGUCAGUUGUGAUUUAUUUCUUUUUCUGCAAUAUUUUCUUGGCAUUGCUUUUAAAUCUUCGUGCCAAAGACUUAGAUAAGCAGUGGUGUUUUCUUUUAGUACGCCUGGGUAAACAGUUUUCAUCUGUCCUGUUCUGAAAAAAAAGAAGAAGAAGAAAAUCAACGUUGUUCCUUCUCUGAGGGACACUUUAUUCCUCGGACGUUAAUGAAAUGGUAAAACUCAAUUGACUGCAGCUGUCAGGGCCAUGGGAUUAACAAACCCGUGGCAUGCUUUGUGUCCCGGAGCCACCCAGUUAACCCCUCAGAGUCCACGCCGAGUCCUCCGCUGCACACAGGAUUUAAAAGCGUACGGUCCGCAAACACAAAGGCCUUCGCUUUCAAAUCUCGACGCGAUGGAGAACCAGUGCAUGCUUUCGAAGGAAGUGGCAUCGGGGACGCGGAGCAUGUGUACGUAAGGCUGCAUAAUGUUUAUUGUGGGGUGGUUAUGGGCGGGUUGAAUAAAUGCAUCGUCCAUGUUGAUAAAAUAAACCUUGUCUUUCCCUGAGCUCCUCCCGCUGUUCCCUCCUCCUGCCCUCUUCAUUUUGUUCCCUUGAAAAAACCUUGAUUGUUGAUUGUCCUGUAUCACAAAGACUGUGCUUUUAUUUUUCAUUUUGAAUUCUCUCCACAGUUGGGAUGCUGCACUACUGUAUCUUGAUCUGAAUAAAGUAACUCAAAGGAA